GUGCGCUUUGUUGUCUACUACUCCUGAAGCACCAGUUCAGCGUGUUUUCCAGCAGAGAUCAUUGUGUGAUCGCAGGUCGGGAGGAUGAUAGCUCGAGUAUAUUGCUCGUUGAUUGCUGUUUUGUGUCUAUCCAGAUAUUUAAGCAUUACAGACGCUGUUCCAGUAAAAACUGCAGGAAAGCCUGGAGAGUGUCCACCCCGAACAUAUGGAGGAAAAUCCUGUAUCAAAUCCUGUAACCGUGACUCAAACUGUCCCAACGAUGAGAAGUGCUGCAGCAACAGAUGUGGACGUUACUGUACCCCUCCAUAUACAGUGAAGCCGGGUCAAUGUCCCAAACCAAAGAUUCAAGCAUGUGCUGAAAGCUGUUUCCAUGAUGGCCAGUGUCCUGACACACAGAAGUGUUGCCCAACCACCUGUGGUCAUGCAUGCAGUGAACCACAUGGUCAGGAUAAUGGUCAAGGUCACAUAAGUGCUCAAGUAAAAGGUCAAGGAAGUGUUAAGGGAAGUGGUCCAGAACGUGAUCAGGGAAGUAGUCCUGGUCGCGGACGUGCUCAAGUAAAGGGUCAGGGAAGUGGUAAAGGAAGUGUUAAGGGAAGCGGUCAAGAAAGUGAUCAGGGAAGUAGUCCUGGUCGUGGAAGUGUUCUAGUAAAAGGUCAGGGAAGUGGUCCUGCUCAGGGAAGUGGUUGGGGUAGUGGCUGGGGAAGUAGUCAAGGUGGGGGAAGUGGUCAAGGUGGUGGAAGUGGUUGGGAAAGUGGUCCUGGUUGGGGAAAUGGCUGGGGGAGUAGUCAAGGUGGGGGAAGUGGUCAGGGUGGUGGAAGUGGUUGGGAAAGUGGUCCUGGUUGGGGAAAUGGCUGGGGGAGUAGUCAAGGUGGGGGAAGUGGUCAGGGUAGUGGUUGGGGAAGUGGUAAUGCUCAGGGAAGUGGUCAAGGUGGUGGAAGUAGUCAAGGUAUUGGAAGUGGUUGGGAAAGUGGUCCUGGUUGGGGAAGUGGCUGGGGGAGUAGUCAAGGUGGGGGAAGUGGUCAGGGUAGUGGUUGGGGAAGUGGUAAUGCUCAGGGAAGUGGUCAAGGUGGUGGAAGUAGUCAAGGUAUUGGAAGUGGUUGGGAAAGUGGUCCUGGUUGGGGAAGUGGUUGGGGGAGUAGUCAAGGUGGUGGAAGUGGCUGGGGAAGUGGUGGAAGUGGUUGGGGUAGUGGUAAUGCUCAGGGAAGUGGCUGGGGAAGUAGUCAAGGUGGUGGAAGUGGUUGGGAAAGUGGUCCUGGUUGGGGAGGUGGUUGGGGGAGUAGUCAAGGUGGUGGAAGUAGUCCGUGAGGUGGCUUGGGCACUUCGCAUAACACUUACUGGAGCUCUUUUCAAUUCAAUGCUUUAUUCAUAUGGCAUGUUCAUGUUUGCUUGGUCUUUCUCCCCCCACAAAUAAAAAGGAAAAUUGCUUUGA